AUGUCGAAUUUUAAAGUAAUUCGUACUAUUGAAACAAAAUUUGGAAUUAGUGUUAUUAAAUGUAAAUCUAAUAGAACUGGUUUAUCAGCUGUUCUUGUCGAUGUUGAAGCUCCGAUGGUUAGUGGAUUUUUUGCAAUCCCGACUGAAGCCACGGAUGAUGACGGAUGUCCUCACACUUUGGAGCAUUUAGUCUUCCUUGGUAGCGAAUUGUAUCCAUACAAGGGUGUAUUAGACACUUUAGCAAAUCGCGCAUUUGCUCAAGGAACCAAUGCUUGGACAGAGACAGAUCAUACAUGCUACACUAUUACGACAGCCGGUAGUGAAGGAUUCUUGAGAUUAUUACCUAUUUAUGUGGAUCAUAUUCUAUAUCCUACUUUGACAGAAAGUGGUCACUAUACCGAGGUUCAUCACAUAAAUGGGAAUGGUGAAGAUGCUGGUCUGGGUAAAAUCUAUUUAUUUAUAAAUUAUUCAAUUCCGAACCUUAGAAAAACAUCAAAAUACUCAAAGUUGUUAUGGAGAACUUCAGAUAAAAUAAAAUAUAUAAAUUACUCCAAUGUCACUACAGGGCGUGUUAUAUAUUUUAUUCUGAUCUGGCUCCAAAUAUUACCUACCUCCAUACUCUCUAAAUCAAAACUUUAA